CAAGAAUACCUAAUUGUUUGCGGAACAAGUAGCCACUUUUCCAAACUGGUGGUAAUAUAUUUGGAUGGAGCUAUUUAGCAAGGAAGACACAGUAUCCUAUAUGAAAUACUUGUAAUUUUCUUCGAAUGUGGCCAAUUUGCCCUAGUUCCAUUGUCACCCCUCCCAGGUUCUCCGUUGCUACAUUCUCAUUUCCUCAUUCUAACACCAUCUCUAUUCGUUGCAACGCCGCUGCUGACUCAUCCUCCUCUUUCAACUUCGCCGGCGCCGUAAGAAUUCCCCAGAAAUCCCAAGGCACAGCUCCGGUGGAGAAGCGAACUGCCAGUAACACGAAAACUAAUGCCUGGGAAAAGCCUUGGUCGCGCAACCGAGAGAGCUACUUGGCCGAUGAUAGUGAACCUCUUCCUCUUCCCAUGACUUAUCCUGACACUUGUCCUGUUUCGUCCGACGAAAUUGACCGUCGCCUUCACUGUGAUCCCCAAAUACAGGAUUGCAAGGAAGUCGUCUAUGAGUGGACUGGGAAAUGUCGGAGUUGCCAAGGAACAGGAUUUGUAAGUUACUACAACAAACGAGGGAAGGAGACCAUCUGUAAAUGCAUACCUUGCCUUGGAAUCGGUUAUGUGCAGAAGAUAACAGCACGCAAGGAUAUCGAUGUUAUGGAGGACUUGGAUAAUGGAAAACCACCUUGACAGAAGUUAAAUAUUUAAUGAACUUUUUUGUCUAGCCUUAGCAGACAUUGAUGAUAGCUUUGAAGAGACUUUACCCCUACGGAAUCCUAGUAUUCUUUAAGGUGCAAAGAAGUUGCCAGACUGACAAUUUUUGGAGUCAGCUAGAAGGGAGAUGCCCCCACACUACAUUCAUAAUGCAAGCAAGAAGUUAUUGAAGAUCAAGGCUGGCGUUCUGGGAAGAAUGAAGAUUAUAUCCAAGGUUCUAGAAUGAUAUUUCAUUUAUUCCCUUGAUUAUUUCAUAUACUUUUUAUACAUUGACGCUGGAGUCUUGGUUGUUAGUAAACCAUUGAUGAAUGAAAUCUGGUCUCCCUAUCUUUCUUCCUUGAAGCACCAGAAUGUGUUCCCCUAUUUUGACCUGCUGAUCAUUCUAUUGUAUCUCAUUCAUCUUGCCGGUUGAUCACUUUAUAUAGUUCAUGAAAAUUGUGUCACUGAAAAAGGCUCGACUCGAUUUAUAUUAAUAUACUCUCCAGUCAAUCAA